AACGCCAUGACCCUGUGGAUGGGAGAAUUACUGAGAGGCAGUUUGGUGGCAUGCUGCUAGCCUACAGUGGAGUACAGUCCAAGAAGUUGACUGCCAUGCAGAAGCAGCUCAAGAAGCACUUCAAAGAUGGAAAGGUAGAGUCGGUGGUCAGAAGAACUUGAUGAUGGUAUAUUGGCCAAGCUUGUUUCUCCUAGGGAUGCUCUUCUGAGGAUAUUUGUGCUGCCUCCAGAGCUGCAUUGUCUUGGCCCACUGGAAGGAUGUUUCGUCUUAACGCGCUUUCAGCAUUGGCAGAACUGGCUGUGGGCUCCCGAUGGUACCAUGGAGCAUCACAGCCUAUCCAAACCAAGCGAAGACUAAUGAUGGUGGCUUUCCUGGGAGCAUCUGCAGUAACUGCAAGUACUGGUCUCUUGUGGAAGAGGGCCCAUGCAGAAUCUCCACCAUGUGUAAACAACCUAAAGACUGACGUUGGUGAUAAAGGAAAGAACAAAGAUGAAGGGGAAGUUUGUGACCAUGAAAAAAAGGCUGAAGAUACUGGAGUUGAGCCUUGUACAGAAGAGAAAAAGAAGAAACGUUCUGGAUUUAGGGACAGAAAAGUGAUGGAAUAUGAGAAUAGGAUUCGAGCCUACUCCACGCCAGACAAAAUCUUCCGGUAUUUUGCCACCUUGAAAGUAAUCAAUGAGCCUGGUGAAACAGAAGUGUUUAUGACUCCUCAAGAUUUUGUGCGAUCCAUAACACCCAAUGAAAAACAACCAGAACACUUGGGCCUGGAUCAAUAUAUAAUAAAACGCUUUGAUGGAAAGGUGAGCAAACUGUCACACUUACGUAUAUAUCCUGUUGUUUACUAAGAUUUUCAGGUUCCUCUAGAAUUAUAUCUGAGAGAUCCCUGGAUAUCUGUUUAGCUCAUCAGAAAAACAAAAUGCCUAGGUUAAGAGGUCUGUGUCUUCUUCAAAUGCUCCCACAGAAAGAAUUAAGCAGAUGUUUCUUUUGUAUUUUUUCAUGUGUAGUAACUCUUAUGGGUUGCCUGCUGUAUAUAUCAAUGUUUAAAAAAACAAUGUUGAU